GUGGAAUACAUAUGAAUGCAGGAAUUGUUAGAUGGGAUAUGGGUAAUGGAACAUGGAUGGGAGGUCUACCACCACCUCCGUCUAUUCCUCUUAUGAUGGGGCCACCAAUGUCCAAACAAAUUGAAUUUGAAAGACAUUUAGAAAAUCAACAUGAAUUUGCUAGAUAUGAUAAUCAGAAUUUACGUGCCAGUGGGGGAUAUUAUGAUCAAUAUUAUGGAUUACCACCACCAAUGCCAAUGACACCUUAUGAUU